AUGUUGCAAGAUGUUCUAACUCAAAAGCAAGUGGUAUGUGAGUUUGUUACUAUAUCCAUUUCUCAAAAUCUGGAAGUUGUAGUCUAUAAACAGCAAUUGUAUAUGAAAAAGUGAAAAAGAAAGUUUUAAAUUCCUUGAAAACGGUUUUUAUUAUCUUUGACAUAAUCACUUACCAAAUUGUCAUAAUUAUCAUUACAGUUACUGUUUCAAUAACCGAAAUUAAAUUUUACUGUAUUUGAAUAUCGUAUUUCAGGAGCUGUUUCAAUCACCUUCUGUUGUGCGACUUUUGAAAAGAUAUCAGAAUAAAAAGCUUCUUGCCCGAAAUAGCCACGCAAGUACGGAUACAUAUUCUAGUGAAUCAAACCAAUCACAACAGAAUGCUGCUUCAGAACAGAAACUACAUACAGAAAGGGAAGGUAAAUAUUUAAUGUAUUCAAUGGUCAGUAAUGUACAAGUUUUUAAAUUUUUUUUAAGUUUAGAUAUAUGUAAUGAGAACCAUAUUAGUGUCAUAGCAAUAGUUUUAUGCAACAACAGUCCCUAUUAAUGUGUAGAAUAGAAAAACGUAAUAUAGUGUGAAGUAAGAUUAUAUAAGAACCACUUCAACCUGAAGUUAAAAUUCACUCACGGUUCUUUUAUGCUGGGCUACCCUAGUCAAUAUGUCAAACCGUUUGGGAAAUAAACAUUACUGUAAGCUGAUUAUAGCUAUAAUAUGUAGCUAUAAUUAGCUUACAGUCAGAGGUGUAGCCAGGAUUUUUGGUCAGGGGGGGGCAGCAAAAACCCAGGUGGGGCCAAAAAAAUUUCCGGACGACAACAUUUUAAAUCUCUCCGACCCCCCCCCCCCCCGUCGACACCUUUUUUGGUAAAAAAAAAUCAGUUCCGGACAUCACAUUGCUUUCGUAGCACUUUUCCCGAUUUCCAUAUCACUUUUCCGAUGCUUCACCACAAAGAUUCCGACAACAUUGACAAUUUUCCGACGGGUCUCAACUUGAAGCUAUAUAAUCAAGGAUUCCCUUUUUUUAUUGCUGCGUAGCGAGCGAGCCUGAAGCGAGAGAGCGAAGCAGCAUUCUAAUAUGUGCAGAGAGGGGGUUUUAAAGUAAAUUUUAUUUAGCGCAUUGGAUUGUGGUCGUGUGCGCUUGCUAUGGCAGAACACAAAAUAACAUACGACAUACAAUAUUUGAGGAGUAUUUGAAGGAUAUCGUCUAUUAGUAUUUUUGCACAAGUGAACAUAACAAAUCCUACAAGGUGAUUGGUCAAAUUUGACGUAUUAAUCUGUUAUAUUCACCUACAGGUGAAUAUUAACAAAAUCGAAAUUUUCAAAAUGGCGGCUAGCCGUUUUGUUGAAGUUAGUGAUAAAGAAAUAAGCAAAAUUAAAAUGAAUUCAGACAAGAAAAACAAAAAAACUUGUGCAAAAAUGCUAAAACAAUUAUUCGCCUCAGGCUCGGUGAUUAUCGGGGAAUAUUCACACCUCGACUUCGUCUCGGCGAAUAUUCCCCAAUAAUCACCUCACCUCGUUAAUUGUUUUGCUGGCUUCGACUUGUAAAUUAUUUUGUCUCAGGCACCCAGUCAGCGUAAGAUUUCGUAAAGUUUUAAGCCCUGUAAAUGCCAUAAUUUAGUGUAUAAAAUAACGUGACUGCACUUCGUGCGUUGUUCACUCAAUGGACAUUGACCACUGUAGGUUCUAUAUUUUAAUUUAUUAUAAGGUUUUGGUUUCUUAGUUUAAUACUGUGUAUACAAUGUGGUAUAAAAUGUGCCUAGCAGUAUUAGACUUAAUAAUAUGAAAUCAGAUAGCAAAAACUUGUGUUAUAUAAUUUACCUGUAUGUCUUAAGAAUGCUUUGUCGUUUGUAUUUCACUACUAAGAGCAGCACACGUAUUAAAUUCAACAAAUUCCAUUUGAUCUUGAAAAUAUUAUAUAUUCUUGCUUAUGAUUUAGUGAAUAUUAAUUACUUUCAUAAACAUUAACACGCCUAUCUGUAAUCUGUAAUCUGUGAUUGCUCCUGAACCCGUGCAUGGUCUUGGCAACAAACGCAUUGCUUUUUCUCAGACACUCGUGGCAUGAAUCGAUUCCGUACUCCUUAAGCUCCGACCACAGUGCUCACAAGUCGCCAGCUCGUUGUGAGUAAUAACUGCAUGCUUUAUGUAGUUCGUACUAUUUUUAGUUCUAUUUGCUCUUGAUGCCCGCAGCAAUCCCUACCUUGCAGGUACCCUUACUAGUACAAUAUAUUUUAUCAGAGGGGCCCCAAAAUUUUGCCAGGGGGGGGGGAAUUUUGCCAGGGGGGCCGGCCCCAGCCCUGGCUACGCCUCUGUGUCUUGUCUAGUUGUUUCAUAUACGCAAAGGCCGUCAGGUUUUAAAGCAAUUGUAAAAUCAAUAUUUAAAACAAACUUACCUUCGUUAACAUUGACUCCCUUUGUUUUAGCUGAUUCUUUUGCCCUUUCUUUCUGUGAAAGCUUUUGAAAUUUACAAAAUCUUGCAAAAAUGAAAUAUAUUUGCAAGAAAUUUAUCAAUCAUCAAAUCAAGAAAUGUUUGCUAUUUUGCUGUCGUCAUGCAGUCAUUAUAAUGCAAACUUUAAAUUGGACCAAUCAGUGUCUGCUAUUCAUGACAGUCCACCAUAUUUUUGAGAUCAGCUAGGAUGACCACCCACCCAACACCCCAACAUCGUUGGUUACCCACGCCCGUGAUCAUUGAUGAACUUUAGACUUCGAUAAUGCUUUUGUUUCCCCAGGUGUAAAUAGCCGGGGGGGGGUUAGUACCCUCACACGGCGCUUUGCGCCGUCAGCUCAGGGACAAUCAUCAAGCUCUACUGCUCCAGGGUGUAAGUUUUAAAAUUCGAUAUUUUAUAUUAUAUAAAUUUAAUAUAUAUUAUAAAGUGGUUUACAAAUUGUUGGUAUUCAGUAUAUGAUAGGUAUUAUUUUAUAAAAUCAACCAUUCUGCAAUUGCAAAAUAAUGAAUUAAUUUGUUUUUUAAUAUUAAAAUAUUAUAAACACAUGGCAAAAAAAAAAGAAGUUGUCUAGAUCAGAUAUAUAUUAAAUAUGAUUGAAUUCUCAAAUGGAAAGUUCAAAGUCAUGGUUCAUACUUCACAUGUUUGCAUUCCUGUUAAUUUGCAGUACCCAAAGUGAUCAAACACCUACUGAUUCCAAAUCCAAUUGGAGACAACGCCAAGUUUUUUAACAUUGUUCUAACACAGCUUUACCAUGAAAUCUACACUGCAGAUACUCCUUUCCAAUUUAAAGAAUAUGUCUCGGGACAGCGGAUUCAUCGAUGGAGACAGGUUUCAAAGAGAAAAGAACAUGAAAAAAAUUCAAUGAUCUGAACUCUACUGAUUCGCAGAAUGGCAAUAGCACGAAUGUUAACAAAUAUUUGAAGGACAGUGUCACUGGAAACUUUACAAGUUAUGAUGUGUCAAGGGCAGAAAAUACAAAGGAUCUUCUGUCAAGAUUUAAAAAAAACACUUUGUGAUCACAAAGAUCUUCUGGCCCUCAGGGUACAGUUGUUUGAUGCAAAUUCUAUUCUAAAGAAGGUAUGGAAGGCAAAUGAGUUGAAAUUUUAUGACUUAGAAAUUUCAGUCUAUGCCAACAUGAUUAAUGUUGUGUCAGAGAAGCAUGACAAAGUGGAAGCUACUUCAAUACUGUUAAGGCGAACAAGGGGGAAUUUCGUUCUCGACCAAUCAGCUGCUUUUGUUUACAUUUUUGCCCUAAGCCAAUCAUAAUGCGUAAAACGCGUCAUCACAUGAAAUUUGUAAACAAACAUAUGGGGUCACUUCAGAGCUUUGUGCUGCAAGCGGGUUUUUUUUGUUUUUUUUGCCAUGAAAUUGAUAUAUGUUGUUCUUAAAAGAAUUCUCCUGAACUUCCUUGUGGGGAUUUUUGAUUAAUUGCAUGAUUGUGAAGAUGUGGGUCUUCAAACAUUGCCUUGCGCAAGUUUAAAUACCACCCCUCGAAUUUGUAGGUUCCGAACAGAUUACCGUUUUUAAAAGCCUUUCAAAUCGAGAUUUGAGAGGUUUUAUUUUUUAAAAGAUACUUUUAUCUUCAUAUUUUCACAUUAUCUUAUUAAUUAAUAUCCUGUGUAACAAGUAAACAGGACACUUCCGGGCCGGGACAAGGUUGACAUGUCCAUUUCUUGCUAAACAGUGUGGGUUAAAAUUUUGUUGGUAUAAAUGGGCAAAAGAAACUCAUCAAAUAUUUGGACUAUGGACCUUCACAAACGUAUGCCAAGUAUUUAUUUGAUUGAUUAGCUCAAUAACUGUUUUUUGGCUUGUUUUUCGUCGAUUUCGACAUUUGGUCAACCUCAUUGUGUUGCAGCCUGUGGACAUGAAUAUUUUCGUUGUCUGACAAUAACACUUGUCAGAAUAACAUUGUUUUUAAUCCUUUGAAUGACAACAUAUUCAUAUGUCUCAGAGUCCUAAACUUAAGGAAGAUAGAUGACUUUGGGACAGAAUGAUUGUGUUCAAUGUUGCUGUUCAGGUAUCAAAAUUUAUGGACAUAUGAAUUUCGUUAUAUUGUUUUUACUUCAUCUGGCUCACUAAUCACAAUUGGGCCCUGUUCACAUUACCUGGCAAGGCGGGAGACCACAUUUGACAUUUGGUUAUGUAUGGAAGCCAAGAAAUUCACCAUAAACAGUAGGCACUCUAUCCCAAACAGGCAACAUGAAUGAGGCUACAAGCAAUAGCAUGUGUUCUGGACGCCUAGAUCAUAUAAACAAGUCCCCAAUAGAUCCCAAGACUAUAAUUUUGUCUUUUGGGCUUACUGUAAUUAAUUGAAAAUAAAUUUCACAAAUAAAGCAUUACAAAUUCUAUUUUUGUUGUUUACAUAUGCUGGUCAUACAUUUCCAGUUUGAAUCACAUGAUGUGUUCUAUCGUCUCUUAGCCAAUCAGCAUAACAUCCAGAUUCUCGAUGUUAAACAUGGCUGUAGAGGCAAAUUGUGUCAGGCCCCCUUCCGAAUACCGAGGGGCUGAUACUCCCAUUGCUAUGCUAUGUCCAUAAACUUUGAUAUCCAAACAAAAUUUUGAUAUGUGUUCCAAAGUCAUCCAACUUCCUUAAGUUUAGGACUCUGAGACCAAUGAAUAUGUUGUAAUUCAAGGAUUAAAAACAAUGAAGACAAGUGUUAUUAUCAGAGAAAUAAAAAUAAUUCAUGUCCACAGGCUGCAACACAAUGUUGACACAUUAUCCUGAGGUUGACCAAAUGUCGAAAUUGACGAAAAACGAGCGAAAAAACAGUUAUUGAGCUGAUCAAUCAAAUAAAUACUUGGCAUAAGUUUGAAGGUCCAUAGUCCAAAUAUUUGAUGAGUUUCUUUAGCCGAUUUAUACCAACAAAAUCUUAAAACUACCCUGUAUUUAGAUACAUGCCAUAUUGAUCACCAAUCGACAUGUCAACCUGUCCCGGAAGUGUUACACAGGAUAUUAAUAAGUCAAUGUGAAAAUAUGAAGAUAAAAAGUAUCUUUUAAACAAUAAAACCUCUCAAAUCUUGAUUUGAAAGGCUUUUAAAAACGCUAAUCCGUUCGGAACCAACAAAUUCGAGGGGUGAUAUUUAAGCUUGCGCAAGGCAAAGUUUGAAGACCCAUAUCUUCACAAUCACGCAAUUAAUAAAAAAUCUUUUAAGAACUACAUAUAUCAAUUUCAUGGCAAAAAAAAGCUGCUUGCAGCAAAGCUCUGAAGUGACCCCAUAUGUUUGUUUACAAAUUUCACAUGACGACACAUUUUACGCAUUCUAAUUGGCUUAGGGCAAAAAUGUAAACAAAAAGCGCUGAUUGGUUGAGAACGAAAUUCCCCCUUGUUGUUAAGGUGUAGAUUUCUCUUGAAAGAUGUGGAUGAAGCAGAAGAGAGACGGUCAAAGAAAAGAAAACAAGAAAAUCUGAAAAUCGGUUGAAAACAAGAUCUAGUAAAGCAAUUGUUAAACUAGUGCGUCUGAUGGUCGCAGAACGAACUGCAAACCUUUGAGAUGAAGAUCUGAUCUCCCCUGACCUGUUUAAUAUUUCAACAGAAGAAUUGGAAAAAUCUGACAAAACACAGUUAAAGCCACGAUUUUAUUUACAAGGACUUAAAGAAAUGAUUGAACAAGAAAUGUUUCAAGACAGUUCAAAGGCAUGUGAGAUCAAAGACAAUUUGAAAAAGAUAUCAUCGACGACUGCAGAAAAUAACAAAAAAAGAAAGAAAGAACACAGAAAAAUGUAG